AUGUUGUCUACCAGACUCUCAUUUCGCCGUGUUGUCUGCCAGCCACGUCUCCUAGCAUAUUCCUCCUGCAACCAGAGACGUUUCAGCCGCUAUUCGAAUCCGGUGUCAAACAUCCAGCCUGCCUUGGUGAAUGAUCAACACGACAGUAUUUCGCCAAUUGCGCCAAUCCCAAAAAUUCAAGUCACUUCCAACUGGCAUACGCUUCAGGACCAACCCUUAACGAAGGAUGCAAUCUGGAAUCUCUUCAACAAUGUAAUUCCAUCCAUUCGACACACGGGUUUUCUCUCUAGCGAUGAGUGUCAGAAAGUGGCCGAAGUGAUCCAGUCCCAUAGAGUUAAGGCAUAUUUCGAGGGGAUCGAAGAAGCAAACAGCCUGCAAGAUCGCAUAAAGGCUGAAACAAACAUCGACAUCGUUGGCCGAGUCGCUGCUGCACUCCAGGAGAUCAUGGGCUUGGAAACAAGAAUUGCCCUGGAAGGGGAUAAGAAGUACUUCUGCGGACUACUGAGGGUGGUCGACAAUUACAUUCAGAUCCAUCCGGACUUCGGUCAAUAUGACGGCCCAGAUUGGGAGAUAGGAAGGAUCGCCGGACAACUCACAUGGAACAUUCUGUUGAAGAAGAUACCAGGCGGCGAUACAAUCAUCUACGAUCGUCAGUGGCAGGGCGUUGAAGAUGAUCGGAAUUUUCAGAAAGAAUUCCCCAGAUAUGCUUAUAAACCGACGGGCGUUCAGGGUCAUCUUUUCAAGGCGUUGAGCGCAAUCGAAGGUGACCUUACAUUCUUCAACCCGCGAAACUUUCACGAAGUUAAGCCAUGCGAUCGAGCAUGGGAUCGACCGGAGGAAUUGGUACGGUACACACUCAGUUCGUUUGUGGGUCUACUUCCUGGGGAAAAUGGAAAGCCGCCGACUCUUAUUCUUUGGUCUUGA